UCACUGUCCCUCCUUCCCCGGUCACGGCUCCUCCUCUAUCCCUGUGGUUGGCCGUUGUUUUCCCGCUUUCGCACAGAACCGCCAUUUUAAAUAAAAAUAUCGAAGUGGGGGGAACUCGCCCUCCCGGACCCAUCUUCCGCAACUUCCUUCAGGCUAUCCGGGACUCAUCAAGGCCCACCUCUCCCGCCCCCGGCAUCCCCUCCCGCCCAGCGCCAGGCCUGCCUGUCCAUCCUCCCGCCGCCAGUGCGCACUCCCUGCCCGCCCCGGGCCGAGCACAGGAUAAGAAACAUGGAUUUUGAAGAAGCAUCUGAAACUCUGCCUAAAGAGGAGUCUGAAACCACUGAGAAGCCUGCAGAGGAAAAGACAACUGGAGAUGCUGCAAAUGGAAGUGAGGCAGAGGGAAAUGAAGAGGAGGAGGAAGAAGAAGAGGAUGAUGACGACGAGGAGGAAGAAGAUGAAGAUGAGAAAAAAGAAAAGUCUCUUAUUGUAGAGGGUAAGAGGGAGAAGAAAAAGGUGGAAAGACUGAGCUUGGAAAUGACCAUAGUAAAAAAGGAACCCGUCUUAACUGAAGGAAAGGGACAGAAGCUCUAUGAUAUUGAGCGAAUCCAGUACUUCCUGAGAAAAAAGAAGUGUGAUGAGCUGCGACCUUUACACCGGCUGCUUUUUAACAGACUGGGCACGGUGAACUUGGUAAAGAAGAAUAUUGGCCAGUUCAAUGGAUUUCCAUUUGACAAAGACAGUGAACUGUAUAAGAAAAAAGAAGACAUGCUAAAAAAGUUUAAAAAGAGUGACCUGAAAAAUAUCUGUGGUGUUCUUGAUUUGGAAAAGUCUGGGGUGAACAGUGAACUGAUAUCGAAAAUAAUGAAUUUUCUUAUGGAGCCAAAAUCUACGGGAAAGUCGUUGCCAAAAUCCAAAGCUAAGCCUCAAAAAAGUGGCAAAAAGGAGCGAAGUAGUUCAGGAUCUGCUCGGAAGUCCAAAAAUAGCAAGUCAAAUGUGAUCCUAAGUGAUGAGUCAAGCAGUGAAGAUGAGAAAAAAGACAAAGAGGAGUCUUCAGAGGAAGAAAAGGAAAGUGAUGAGGAAGAAGAGCCUCCGAAGAAAACUUCUAAAAAAGAAAAACCCAAGCCGAAAUCAACACCUAAGAGUAAGAAAGCAACUAAGUCUUCACACGUCAAAAAAGCAGACAGCAGUACUACCAACAAAAAGAGUACAGGCAGCUCCAAAAAGGAAAAGGUUGUAGAAUCCGAGAGUGAAUCUGAUGACAGCUCUGAUGAUGAACCUUUGAUCAAAAAGUUGAAGAAGCCACCUACUGAUGAUGAAUUGAGAGAAACUGUAAAAAAGUUAUUGGCUGAUGCUAAUCUUGAAGAUGUCACUAUGAAGCAGAUCUGCAAAAAGGUGAAUGAAAGUUAUCCCAAUUAUGAUUUAUCUCCCAGAAAAAAAUUCAUCAAAGCCACAGUAAUGGAGUUGAUUUCAUGAUUUCUAUUUUACAUGAGGAAUUAUUAUUGACUCUUGGAAUAUGCUCCUAUGGAUCACAAGCUCUGAGAAUCAGAUACCAGCAAACUUUGUUUUUACCACUUUGGGUACAAAAGGUUCUUGUUUUUUAUGCAGAUGUUUGUUUUAUUCUCAUUUUGUGUUUAAUGCUAAUGUAAAUUGCUUAAUUAAAAGCUGUUCUUUUUAAAGUGAUUUCAAAUGGUGUUUUGUUAGCUUGCAUAUUUUUAUUUUGUUUGGGGUCCAAAUACUUCUUUGGUGCAAGACUUUUUCAAAUGCUGGUAUGUCAGAAUAGCAUUUGAUUUGAAGGGAUUAUUUUGUAUAAAUCAUAAUUUUUUACAUCUGAAAAGUUCUGUUUUAAAUCUAUAUUAAGAAGAAGCAAGUGAUUUUGAAACUAGUGAAACCUAAUAAUUUACUCAUUUUUGCAUCAUUUAGUUUGAGAUUCAAAUAAGAAUCUUUCCAAAACCAUUUUAUAAUUGUGACUAGCUAUUAUUUUUUGCCCUGUGGAUUUACAAGGCAUAUAAAG